AGAAUAGAUCUGAUAGUGGUGUCUUGUUACAUCUGUUGAGCGUCGUGGAUGCAUUUUUAUGAUUUCUAUAAUCGGCUGAUCUGCCAGUUUGGCUAUUUGCUGUCGUAACCAGUGUUGCCAGAACAGCUAAUGGUUUCUGUCUGCACAUUCUGCUGUUUUGGUUCAUCCGGUACCCAUAACAUGGCAUGUUGGUGCCACUGAUUUCCUGAAUGCGCAUUCUGCUGGUUUGGUUCAUCUGGUGGUACCGAAAACGUGGCAUGUUGGCGCUAGUGUUUUUUCUAAAAUGCAUCAAAGGCAGGAACAUGUUUCUGUACUUGCAGAACAUGGGGUGUUGCUUUGUGAAGAGGAAGGAGGGAGGGGGCCAUUGCUGGCUGUAACUUUUUCAUGUGCAACCAUUGAUUGCUUCAUGUGAUGUUGGGUUUGUGACUUUUAUUCAGAUCUGUAGCAGUGUAGCCUUUGAUCUGUAGGUGAAGGUGUAGGGGCUGUCUCUCUUUUCCAGUUCAUGUGAAUUCUGAAUUUUGUGACGAGUCAUUUUCAGCUCUGCUUUUCGCGUGUUCUUUUCCGUCUGCUUUUCGUGGACGAUAUGAGUUCAAGUGGCACUGAUGCACUGGUUGCUGUUGUAUUUGAGAUUUGUGGUGCAAGUUUGCGCGAAUUUGCGCACCACAAAGCGAGUGGGGUGUGUGGAUAUGUGUGGAAUGGUUCAUGCUUGAACUUGUAUAUAACAUAGAGAGAGAAUACGUAGCCAGCGAGUGGGAUGUAUGGAUAUGUGUGUUCAUGCUUGAACUUGUAUAUAAACAGAGAGAGAGAGAGAGAGAGAGAGAGAGAGAGAGAGAGAGAGAAUACGUAGCCUGUCCUUGUUCAUGUGGCUUGGCUCACUAUCUUUUGUCCAAUCGGCGUUGUGUGGCUGAUAAAGCGAACCGUAUUUGCUUUCUCCUCCAAAUGGGAGACAUGAGGUCAGUCUGGAUCGGAGGUAGGAAGGGGGAAUUUCUCGUUGGAGGAUAGCUCCUCGUCCCCAUCCCAACGAACAAUCACAGCGGAGAUUUCCAUCCCAUAUCCUCAUCCCCUCGCGGGGAAUUUUUCUUCACGGAAAAUCCAUUCCAGACACAAAAUACAAUAUUUAGAGAGUUAAAAACAACAAAUUUAUAGUAUCAAAUCAAUAUAAACUAAAUAAAAAGAUUUUAUGUUACAAGCGAUGUCUACUUUAGAGUUUAAUUUGCUAUUUAUAUAAGGUUAUUAUGUGCUGAGUAUUCGUUAGAGCCACUGCACCAGCGUACCAAACAGGCCCGGCCCAGUUUUUUUGGGCCAGCAGUUUUACUCGGCCCAAAGACUAAAACAGGUGUCGACCACGGCGUUGCGCGCGCACCCGGCGACCUCCGCUUGGGCGCACCGCGCGCCGCCGUGGACGCUUCUCUCCUUGGCACGGCACGUCCGCGCCGGCAGCACGAACCCGAGGGCCGAGGGCCGAGGGCCGCGGGCUGCGGCCAUGACAACGCGUCCCCAGCGAUUAACUCCCCAUGGCGUCGCGCUCAUCCCCAGCAGCCGCGCUCAAGCCGGUGCUGAUCCACCUCCUGCGCGGCGCCUCCGACCUCGCGUCCGUCGCCGCCACGCACGCCAAGGUCGUCAAGGCCGGCGUCGCGUCCCCUCUCUCCUCCUGCAACCAUCUCCUCGCCGCCUACUGCCGCUGCGGCGCGAUGGGCUACGCCCGCGACCUGUUCGACGGGAUGCCGGACCGGGAUGUGGUGUCCUGGACGACGCUCAUGUCCGGGUACGCCGCCGCCGCACGGCCCCGUGACGCCAUGUCCCUCCUCCGCGCUAUGGGUUCCAGCGGCGUGCGGCCUAACGCGGUCACCUUCUCGACGGCCGCCUGCGCGUGCGCGCGCCUCGCGGACGCGGGGCUCGGCCGGCAGGUGCACGCCCAGGCGGAGGUCGCCGGGUGCGCGCGCGACGCUGUCGUCGCCACCGCGCUCCUCGACAUGUACGGCAAGGCCGGCGGCGUCGAGGACGCGCGCGCGGUGUUCGACGCCAUGGGUGCGCCGUCGAGGAACGCCGUGUCGUGGGGCGCCAUGCUGGCCGUGUACGCGCAGAACGCGCUCGGGGACGAGGCGAUCCGGCUCUUCGCGGAGCUCAGGACGCGUGGCUGUGGCGGCGUGGCGCCCAACCACUUCAUUCUGGCCACCGUCGUGAGCGCGUGCGCGGGCAUGGCGCGUCUGGGCAUCGGCAGGUGCGUCCAUGGCUCUGUCCUUCGGCUUGGUUAUGGAAACAAUGACGUGAUUUCAGUGGCUCUGGUUGACAUGUACUCCAAGUGUGGGUGCUACGAGUAUUCAAGGAAGGUGUUUGACAGGAUCGAACAGCCUUCUGUCGUCGCUUACACCUCCAUCAUCGUCGCUGCAGCAAAGUACGGCCGCUGGAGAUGCGCUCUUGCUUUGUUCGACGAGAUGGUAGAUCAAGGUGUGCAGCCAAAUGAUGUCACUCUGCUUGGUGUCAUGCAUGCUUGCAGCCAUUCUGGUCUUGUUGACACCGGCCUUCAGCUCCUCCGCUCUAUGCAGAGCAAAUACGGCGUUGCUCCGUGCCCCAGCCACUACACAUCUGCAGUUGACAUGCUUGGCCGGGCAGGGCAGCUAGAGGAGGCAUUUGAGCUGGCUGAGGAGGCGCAGCUUGAAGGCAACGAUGCCCUCUUGCUGUGGAACUCCUUGCUGUCAGCUUGCCGGACACAUAAGCGCCUAGACCUAGCAACCAUGGCUGGCCAGAGGGUGUCUGAGUUCAGUAACCAGCAGGAUGUUGCAGCUGGGUUGGUAGUGAUGUCAAAUGCAUAUGUUUCAGCCGGUCAGAUCGAUAACGCUGCUGCUGUGCGAUCGAGCAUGAGGCUGCGCGGCAUAAGGAAGGAUCCUGGGUGCAGCUGGAUUGAAGUAAAGGAUACCCCCUAUGUGUUCUACGCUGGUGCGAUAUCAUGUGCUGGCGCGUGGGCAGGUGAAGUUGUGAUGUUGCUAGAUGAAUUGGAGAGUAAGAUGAGGGAGAGAGGUUACAGAGGGAGAUUAGGGAGUGCUAGAGUAUCUGAUGCGCAUGAAGAUGACGAGGAGGAAGGGAAAGGUGUGAUGGUUGGAGUGCACAGUGAGAUUCUGGCUCUAGCGUUCGGUUUGUUAGUUGUCCCGAAGGGGAUGACCAUCAGGGUGAUGAAGAACCUGAGGAUGUGCAGUGAUUGCCAUGAGGUGUUCAAGCUCAUCAGCGGCAUUGUUGAGAGGGAAUUCGUGGUCAGGGAUCUGAAUAGGUUCCACCAUUUCAAGAUGGGGUCAUGUUCUUGCAAUGACUACUGGUGAUCCAAAAUUGUAAUCUUAGCGGUCUUGCUGUUCAUGGUAGAAAGAAUAAGGAUUAAGUCCACUUUUAGCCCCUCAACUUUUGGCCGAGUUUAAUUUUAACCCUCAACUAUAAAACCGUCUGUUUCUCACCCUCAACUAUCAAAACCGGUUACUUUUAGCACCUAGAGAGAGGACAUUGCGGUUUUGAGCCACUUUGAGCGGUUUUUCUUUUUUCUUUUCUAUGGUUAAACGUGUGAAUAUCAUAUUGAAUUGUUUGAGCAUCGUAAAUUCAUCAAUUUUUUUGGGUAGCCUUGUCAUGAUGUUCUCUAUGCAUAAAAAAUGUGAAAAUAUGAAAGUAAGUAUUUUUUGGAUGCUAAAAGAUUAGCUCUUUUAAUUAAUAAAUACAUGUUCUAUGAUUUUUGUAGGAUAAUAUAUACAUCCUAUGAUCAUGAAACUUUUUGUGUAACUGUUUUAUACUAAGAUAGGCCUUCAAAAAAAGUUUAAGAUUAAUUUAAUGAUGUUUGCUUGUGUCCCUAAUUUAUAUGUAAUUAAUAAAGCAUAUAAAUUAGGGAUAUAAGCAAACAUCAUCAAAUUAAUCUCAAACUUUUUAUGAAGGUCUAUAUUAGUAUAAAACAGUUAUGCAAAAAGUUUCAUGAUCAUAGGAUAUAUAUAUUAUCCUACAAAAAUUAUAGAACAUGUAUUUAUUAAUUAAAAGAGAUAAUUUUUUAGCAUCCAAAAAAUACUUACUUUCAUAGUUUCACAUUUUUUCUGCAUAGAGAACAUCAUGGCAAGGCUACCCAAAAAAUUUGAUGAAUUUACCAUGCUCAAACAAUUUACUAUGAAAUUCACAGUUUUAAUCCUAGAAAAGAAAAAGAGAAAACCGCUCAAAGUGGCUCAAAACCGCCAUGUUCUCUCUCCAAGUGCUAAAAGUGACUGGUUUUUAUAGUUGAUGGUGAAAAACAGACGGUUUUGUAGUUGAGGGAUAAAAUUAAAUUCGGCCAAUAGUUGAGGGGCUAAAAGUGGACUUAAUCCAAAGAAGAACAAUGUUAACAGACUAUCUUAUUGCAGAUGUUCGAGUGACUUA